UACAAGAUGGCCUGGACCGAGCUGUAUACAGAGAUAAGACUCAUGAUCCUCCAAGCUCUCGUGGAAGACGACGAUUGCAACUUUGCAGACUUGGCUGUAGUGUCGAGGGAGUGGCAGGGCGUAAUCGAGCAACGCAAUUUCAAUCGAAUCAGACUCACACCGUCACGUAUCGCUGAGCUCGAUACGAUGACACUUCGUCACCGAAACCACGUACGCUACUUGUGGUUUUGCCUAGAACUCGAACAAUACGGUUGUCCAGAGUGCGCCCCCGAGGAUGAGGCUAUCUACUCGACAAGCACCAGCGACGAUGCUCUCAUAACGGCAGCAUUUCGCCAUCUCUUCUCAAUCAUCAGCACCUGGGCACCAGAUAGCCGUCUGUCACUUGAUAUAAGUGUCUACUCAACAAGCGACCGAGACCAUUGGUUCAAAUAUCUGACCUUUGAACCUGAUGCCUCGCCAAAGUCGGGCAGGCAUGGUCAGGAGCUGGAUCCAGAGACAGUGCCAGCUGGAAAGAAUGACCGCAGACAUCAAUGGGAUACAUUUGGUUUGAUUCCGGUUCCUCUACAAUCUGCCAUUGAGAAAGUCUUUGUCCCGAUCAUGGGAACUGGCGAUGACGAGCAAGAAAACGAAUGGUGCCGGCAGUUGCCACAAGUACCAGCAAUAAAACGCGUUUUAUUGCGCCAACAAACCCGCCGCCGUUGGAACUCUGAGGACCUUGCUGAAAUUUUUGCUCGUCUCCCUAGACUGCAUGAGCUGUGUUAUGAACCUUGGAGAGAGUGGGAUGAUAUCCUUCAGAAAUCGACGGAUGCAACAUUUCUCAAUCUUCUUCAGUCGCUGCCCCUUAGGAGGCUGAGUAGUCUAAGUAUCUUCGAGAAUUUCAACCAGCGGUAUACCCACGCCUAUCUGCCUAUGGAUUGCUCUUAUAUUCGGACCCCAAGCCCUGAUAUUAGUCAAAUGCUUUCUAGGAUCAGUACCAACUUUGAACAUCUCUCCGCGUCAUUCAUGGUGGAUGCGAGCGACUUCUUUGGUGCCGAAGAGUAUCAAUCCUCACAGAGGUGGCCGAAUCUGAAGUCUUUGGUCCUCACCUCGCAGCUGCUUGCACCAGAUAAGAGCCACACCAGCAUUAUGAAUAUGCUUCAAGAAGCGGCAUUGAGGAGUGCUUGUAUGCCGCAGCUCGAGAGCAUGGAAAUAUGGAAUGGACGAGCAGGUCUCGCGGCACUCUUUAGAUAUGAUGGACGGACCAAACCUUCCAUUCUUGAGUGGAGAAGCACCUGGGAUAUUAAUCUGGGGCUCUCCGUUAUCCAGGCUUGGGAAGCGGUCAGCAUGGAGCGGUCGGGUCAUGGAGUGGAAUUGGUGUACGGAAGGCUUGAAAGCGAGAAUAUCCUUUCUCACGCUGACGCUAUACUCGCACUGGAUUUACCAGAGCUCGUCAUUCGGCCUGUUUCGUUGCAUCAAAUUCGGAGGGAACACAGUUUCCGUCGCAUUGCCUGA